AUGGCGAACGAGGCGAACAAGAAGUUGUUGCUGAAGAACCAGGCCUACCUAGCGAGGCUGCUCUAUCAGAUCCUGUCGUGCAAUGCCAUCUACUGUGUCUACCGCGUGUGGUACCACUGGGACUCCUUUUCGAGGUGGCACAUCACGGGCGAGCUCCUCAUGCUCUGCCUGUACUUUGCCAUGUACCGCUUCCUCGCCUCGGCCGCCUCUCCCAGGCAUGCUCCGCUCGCGCAGGGCGGCGCUCUGAUCUCCGCAGGAUCCGACCUGGACAGCAAGGGAGUGAUUGAGUACACGUGGGACCUGCUUUACACGACCAUGUUCGUGCAGCUCGCGACAGGGCUCCUUUCUGACUGGUUCGCGCUCGUCGCAGUGGUCCCGCCGUGCAUUGGCUUCUACUACGCCUGGACACAAUACGUCUACCCUUGGAUCUCCAAGCCGGACGAGCCGAUCGACGCCGCGCAAGAGGCGAGCAAGAAGCAGAAGGUCAAGUACGGGAGGGCACGGUGA